AUGAGACAAGCCCCCGAUGACAUUUCCCAAGAGAUCGUUAACAACCCGCUAUACCCUUAUUUCAAGGAUUGUAUUGGAAUGAUAGAUGAGACUCAUGUUGAUGUAAUGGUUCCGAUUAAACUUGUUGCACGCUUUCGAGGCCGCAAAGGUGUUACACAAAAUGUGCUUGCAGCUUGCACCCCAAACAAGUUGUUCACAUAUGUUCUAGCAAGUUGGGAGGGGUCUGCAAAUGAUUAUAGGAUUCUUCAGGAUGCAUUGUCUAGACCACAACCACAUAGAUUGAGAGUCUAUGAUGGCAAAUACUAUCUGUGUGAUGCUAGGUACCCAACCAUGCUAGGUUCCAUCUCUCCAUACCGAGGUGUUCGAUAUCAUUUGAAAGAAUAUUCAGGUAAAACACCUAAGAAUAGAAGGGAAUUAUUCAAUCUAAGACAUUCUUCAUUGAGGUCUAAGAUUGAAUCUGCAUUUGGCACAUUGAAGAAUCGUUUCAAGAUUUUGUGUGCUAAGUCGCAUUAUCCUUUUUCUAUACAAGUAGAUAUCGUAUUGGCAUGCACGGUACUUCAUAAUUUCAUUAUAGCUGUAGAUCCAAGUGAUGAACUACUCAACGAUGAUGAAUUUAAUGAAGACAUUGAUGAUGAGGUGGCCUUCGAGAAUGACACUAAUUUAGUUGAUUUUACUCAAAAUCAAACACAAAGAGAGCAAAUUGAAUCAAGAAAUGAGUGGAUGACUCUUAGAGAUGACAUUGCUUGGGCGAUGUGGGUGGACUACUACGAUAAGUAUAAUCAUGGUGUAACCACAGAGACUUGA